CACAACUAUUCCAGUAUGCCUGAACCUCUAAAAUGCACUGGGAGUAUGGACACUCGGGAACUUCGAUUUGCUCGCACGAUGGAAUUCGCCAUACAAGAAAUUAAUAACAGAACAGACAUCCUACCAAAUAUUACCCUGGGUUACGAAAUACAUGACUCUUGUGCAGCUGUGCCUGUCGCUGUGAAAGUUGCUUUUCAGUUUGCUAACGGGAUAACCCCUAAUAUUUCAAUGGAUACCUCUUGUCCCAAGAAAGCCAAUGUUGUAGCUGUUGUAGGGGAGUCUGGCUCAACACCGUCCAUUGGCAUGUCCAGAAUUCUAGGUCUUUUCGGAAUUCCACAGGUUAGCCACUUUGCUACAUGUGCCUGUCUGAGUGACAAGACACAGCACCCCGCGUUUUUCAGGACGAUACCAAGCGACCACUACCAAGCAGCCGCUCUGGCACGACUGAUUAAACAUUUCGGCUGGACGUGGAUUGGGGCAGUUCGUAGUGAUUCUGACUAUGGUAACAAUGGAAUGGCAUCAUUCCUGACUGCUGCAAAAAGUGAGGGGAUCUGUGUAGAAUAUUCCGUGGCUUACUACAGGACAAAUCCUCGUAGUAAAUUACUAAGAGUGGCAGAGGUAAUACGCCGCUCUACUGCAAGAGUUGUGGUGGCUUUUCUUGCCUCGGGUGACAUGCGCAUCUUACUAGAAGAGUUAUCGCGACAUAACCCUCCAUCCUUACAGUGGAUUGGCAGUGAGUCGUGGGUUACAGACCCAGACAUGAUACGGUUUGAACUGUGUUCUGGAGCCAUUGGUUUCGGAAUUGAGCGUUCAGUCAUCCCUGGUUUGCGAAACUUCCUUCUAGACCUCUCCCCUGCUCGAGCGUCCAAAUCCAGACUUCUCACUGAGCUCUGGGAAGACGCUUUUGACUGUACGCUGCUCUCGGCUCAAACAGAUCAAAAGGGUGAACAAGCUAAGACAUGUGGCAGUAAUGAAAGCCUAAAUGGCAUUCAGAUUCCCUACACGGAUACUUCGCAACUGCGCGUCACUAACAUGGUUUACAAAGCCGCUUAUGCCAUAGCGCAUACUAUCCAUGGCCUUAUAUGCAAAGAGAGGCCCGAGUCUUUAUCUCAGUGCAACAGAAGCAUAGUCCUGGAGCCAAAUCAGGUUUUUGAACAACUCAAAAAAGUAAAUUUCACCAUAAAUGGAAAUCAUGUUUCUUUUGAUGCAAAUGGUGACCCUGUUGCCACAUAUGAGCUUGUUAACUGGCAAGUCACUGAAAAUGGAGUUAUGGAAUUUGUGACAGUGGGCCGAUAUGAUGCAUCACAACCCAAAGGUCAUGAGUUCAGUAUGCAGAAAAAUAUCACUUGGAUGGAAGGACAAUCACAGGUGCCUGUGUCUGUGUGCAGUGAGAGCUGUCCUCCAGGCACCAGGAAGGCUGUACAGAAAGGCAAACCUGUCUGCUGCUAUGACUGUAUACCAUGCGGAGAGGGAGAGAUCAGCAAUGAGACAGAUUCGGUUGACUGUGUCUCCUGUCCUGAUGAGUACUGGCCCAAUGCCCAGAGGGAUGAAUGCCUGCCUAAACCAGUGGAGUUUCUGUCCUGGGAUGAGGUUCUUGGCGUUGUAUUAGCUGUUUUCUCUAUUGCAGGAGCCUGUAUUGCUGUCAUUGUGGCUACUGUGUUCUACAGACACCGGAUGUCUCCUAUUGUUAGAGCCAACAACUCUGAGCUGAGUUUCCUGCUGCUCUUCUCACUGACUCUGUGUUUCCUUUGUUCUCUUACUUUCAUUGGUCGGCCCUCUGAGUGGUCCUGUAUGUUGCGUCACACAGCGUUUGGGAUCACCUUCGUUCUCUGCAUCUCCUGUGUUCUGGGGAAAACAAUAGUGGUGUUAAUGGCCUUCAGAGCCACUCUUCCAGGCAGUAAUAUCAUGAAGUGGUUUGGGCCUGCACAACAAAGAAUGACAGUUGUCGCUUUCACUUUCGUACAAGUUAUAAUAUGUAUUCUGUGGUUGACACUGUCACCCCCAUUCCCCAUAAGGAAUAUGUCCCUUUACAAGGAAAGAAUCAUUCUUGAAUGUGAUCUGGGCUCAGUGGGAGCUUUCUGGGCUGUAUUAGGAUAUAUUGGACUCCUUGCACUCUUGUGCUUUUUUCUGGCGUUUCUGGCUCGUAAGCUACCUGACAACUUUAACGAGGCCAAAUUCAUCACAUUCAGUAUGCUGAUAUUCUGUGCAGUCUGGAUCACUUUUAUUCCAGCUUAUGUCAGCUCUCCUGGAAAAUUUACUGUGGCUGUGGAGAUAUUUGCCAUCUUAGCCUCUAGUUUUGGCUUAAUUGCAUGUAUUUUUGCCCCAAAGUGUUUUAUAAUUGUGUUUAGGCCAGAGCAAAAUACUAAGAAGCAUGUAAUGGGAAAAGGACAGUUAAAGGCCCUCUGA